GGAGUUAUGGGCUGGGGGCGCAGCAGCCUGAGGAUGGGUUCAGGGGAGCCCCUCCUGCAAUCCUCCUGCUAUUUUAGUUCUGUUGCUUUGCCUAACAGUGGCUGUACACAGCGGUGUCAGAUUGCAUUCAGUGACUUGAUACUGAACGCAAAUAGCAACUUCAAUGAGACGGUUGGAUCCAUCUCUUGCAGGCCUGGUAGCCAAGCUAAGCAAGAGAAUUAACAGAGGGCUAGACCGUGGAACUAUGCUAACGUAUACAAGCUGAGGACCUAGUCAGGUGCCUUCCUUGCCACACAGAAAGCGUUCCUUUUGAAGAAGACUAACUUCAGUUGGUCAAGGAUGUCUUUGACGGACAAAAGACUUGAAAACUUGCAGAUCUACAAAGUUCUCCAAUGUGUUCGCCAGAAGGACAAGCGGCAGAUAGAGAAACUGACCAAGCUUGGAUUCCCAGAACUCAUUAAUUUCACCGAGCCGGUCAACGGAGACAGCGCCCUGCAUUUGGCAUGCAUCGCAAAUGACAUUAAUAUGUGCAGCUUCCUGCUGGAGCAAGGAGCUCACCCUGACGUCCAAGACCGAAUGGGGUGCACUCCUGCCAUGAAAGCAGCUGACCUGGGCCAUGAGUUAGCCUUGGAUAAACUAGUAAAGGCCGAGGCAGACAUGACCAUAGUUGAUAAUGAAGGAAAAGGCAUUUUGUUUUACUGUAUUUUACCCACGAAACGGCACUGCCGCUGCUUUCAGAUUGCGUUAGAAUACGGCGCGGAUGUUAACAACUGUACUACUGAUGGGAAGCCAGUAUUCCUGCAAGCUUGUGAACAAGCCCAUGAGAUUAAAGAAACGUGUAUGAAAUUUUUGGAAAGAGGAGCAAACCCCAAUGCAAUAAACCCAGCUACAGGUCGGACUGCCUUAAUGGAAGCGGCAAGAGAAGGCGUGAUAGAGGUUGUGCGUGGCAUUCUUGAGAGAGGAGGAGAUGUUAACAUAUUCGACAAUGAAAGACACAAUGCUGCACAUUUCGCUGCCAAAGGAGGCUUUUUUGAGAUCCUCAGGAUAAUCUCAGCUUAUAAUGGAGAUGUGGGGCUUAUUGCUAUGAAUGGGAACACGCCACUUCAUUACGCUGCUGCUGGGGGUUUUGCGGAUUGCUGCAAAUUUAUAGGGCAAAGAGGUUGCGAUCCGAAAUGGAAGAACCUGCUCACAAAGACCCCAAGGAUGAUCGCCAAAGAAGGUGGUUUUAAAGCAGCCUCAAAGGAACUGCGCAAAAUUGAACGAUUCCAUGCUAAAAUCUCCAAACCUGGUGCGAAGGAUGAUGAUCCACGCUGGGCGAUGAGGUUGCAUGACUGGUCCUUAGAACAUCAGACAGCCCUUCGCGAGGCAUUUGAGAUAGUGGACAGGGGUGACGGAACAGUAACCAAAGAUGACUUUGCAUCCAUUAUUCAGGAGAAGUGUGAUUUUGUAGAUGCUGAACAAAUACAAACGGUUGCCCAGGCGCAUGAUAAGUCUCGCGCUGGGGGGGUUAACAUUGAAGAGUUUUUUAAAGGUUCCAAAUACUUGCAAAAAGCCUAUCUCAUUUCAUCGUUUGGACCCAAAAAGAAGAAAGGCAAGAAAGGAAAAGGCAAGAAAGGCAAGUUCUCCAUACCCAUGCCUAUCUGUGUCCUUCCAGAGAGCUUGUGCCCACGUCGAACAGACGGAGGGCCCCCUAUGUACAUGAUUGAGACCUAUCAGAAUGUUACCGACAGUAGCCGUUUUAAUCGGGAUCACCCCCCUGAACAUCCUUUGCAGGACGACUCUGCAUGGUACAUUGAUGAGCCCGAGAAAACGUACACCAAAAUUAUCUAUCUUAGUAAAGAAGGAGACAUAGUGUCACUGAAGAAAGCCUUUGAAGAGGGGGUACCAGUGGACAUUAGAGAUGUAUAUUAUAAAACUCCAUUGAUGGCUGCAUGUGGAAGUGGGAAUAUGGACGCUGUGAAAUUCCUUUUAGAGAAGGGGGCUGAUGUAAACGCAACUGACAAUUUCAAGUGGACUCCUCUGCACCAUGCGUGCCACGCAGGUCAACAGGACAUUGCAGAACUGCUGGUGAACUCUGGAGCAGUCAUAGAUGCAGUGACAAUCAACUAUGCCACCCCACUGAUGAGAGCUAUUGAGAGUUGUAGACUGGACUCCGUGCAGUAUUUAAUCGAUUCUGGGGCGAAAGUCCAGAUGGAAAACAGAAAAGGUCAAAAUACUUUGGACAUUGCAAAGGCGUAUGCUGACUUUAGACUCAUUGACCUGCUUCAAGAAAAACUGGACCGUUUGCCAAAGCCACCAGAAGCCAAAGGGGAUAAAGAGAAGAAAGGGAAGAAACCUGCCAAGCCUAAACCAGCCGCUAAGCCCAAGCGUGCGGAGGCUGAAGCUGUGAAAGAAGAGCCACCUCCACCAGUUGUAGAAAAAUCAAUUUUUGAAGAAAAGAAAGAAUCCCAUAAGGACAAUGUCGCGCAUCUGAAUUCUCUGAUAACCAGUGGAGCCACUAAGAAAGUUGAUAUUACAUUCACACCAAGAAAAAGUUGGAGCCCAGAAGCUACAACAGCCAAUCUAAUAAGAAAGCGGGAAUUGCGUCGUGAACGCUUUACUUAUGAGGUGGAUUUUGAUGACUUCAUGAUGCCAUUUAAGAAGAAUUUCAUGGAAAAAGCCCGUGCAUUAGAAAUGGCUUUGUAAAUUAAGUCACACCUUUCUUUGCAUCCGAGUUCAGAAAGGGCUCAAAAGCAGAUACUCCUUUGUGAGGACAGAAUCAUGUUACCCUUAUUUAAUGCCCCUCAAUUAUGAUAAAAUUGUAGCAAUUUGUUUUCUUUACUUUGUACCAGGUAUGUAGCUUCUCUGCAGUUAAAGGCCGAAUCUGAUAAGAGGCUGAACAGUACCAAGAUUUUAGAAACCUAGAAGGAUCAGGUCCUGAUUUACCAGCGUAUUCAGAGUCUAGUUCCAAAAAACGGUGCAUCCUUUUUUAUUUAUUAACAUGGGCAGUGUUGGCAAUAGCUUUGUCAACCAAAUUCUUGGACACGGGGCAAGGCUCAUAUAAGGACAAGUGGAUUUUUAUUUCUCUUUCUCAUAUUAGAUUUUUGGUAAAAAUGGCCAGGGUAAAUUGCAGAUAUCCUUAGCCAGUGCUGCAGUUAGGAGGAAAGCAAAGUGGUAGAUAUCUUCAUUCCUAUUAGUUAAAAUUUGGAAAUAGACUAAUAAUGAGCAGUUCUUGCACUAACUGAUGGGUUGAUAUUUUCAAAGCCCAUCGCACACACAGUUUGGGUUCAGGCCCCUGGGGUCUUUUCCAUAAACUGAGGCCUAAACUGGCCAGAAACUGAGACUGGAUGAUGAGGGAUGGAUCCCUUGAAAUUGCCCUUUUGUGAAUCAUCUGGCCCAGGCCACUGUCCGAGACAGGAUACCAGGCUAAAUGGGCCAUUCUUUUAAAAUAAUCACCACUACUGGGAGUGUGAUUUUGUUCUUGUGGGGCUUGAUAUAAGGCCUUUUGAAGUCAGUGGAUGUUCUAUACCCAAGGAAUGAAGGCCAGUGAAUACUGUCUCUAUGUUAGACCAGGUCUACACUACAGGGAAAGGUCGAAUUAAGAUACACAAAUCCAGCUACAUUAAUUACAUAGCCACAGUCGAGUUUGAGUUUCCCCACCAUCUCCACAGAGAGAGGCUCAUGCCAGCUUCCCAUGUCAGGAGCUGGACCCACUAAAUCAAACUCCAGAAGAUCGACCGUGGCAGCCUCAAUCCUCCACAUAGUGAAGGCAAGCCCUUAGAAAGAGGUAUUAGGCGCUAUAUUGGGAAUUAUAGAUUAGUGGGCCUUGUUUUAGCACCAGGAAACCUGGCUAAAAACAUACUUAAAAACAGAAUUGUAAGACUCUCGCUUAGUUGAGGAUAAACACACCCAAUGUAAUGUUAUGUGUAAUUUAAAUGGUACAUAAUUUUCCACAGUGCGUAAAUUAGCAGCGAAACUCUCCACUAAUAGACAUCUGAAGACAAUAACGUAGUAGUAUUAACAAGAUGUAGAUAUUUAUAUGGGUUAUGAAAUCAGACGAGUAACUUAGUCAUGACUUUUUGUAUAUCAAGGAUACAGACCCUUUUGCUUCAGAGCCUAAGCCAAUUACUAGCUGAAUGUGUUAGGAAGAAAGUUUCCUCGUGGCUAGGUUAUUCCGUAAUUUUCCAUUGCAGAGAUGCUGACAUUUCUCCCAGGAGUAAUAUUUCUGAGGCAUGAUACUAGACUAGAAGAAUCAUUGGUCUGGCCUGGUGUGACAGUUCUUGUAUUUAUAUUUGGCUGUGUCUACACUGGGCCACUUAUUCCGGAAAAUCAGCCGCUUUUCCGGAAUAAGCUGC